AUGUCUUGGGUAUCUUGCGAAUACGACGCUGAGCUUCUGUCCAGCAUCGAGCAUUUGACAAAGCUGAAGAAGAAGCAAGCACGGACCGUCUCCGCUGGGAAGAGACAGGCUUCUCGUACCGCCAGAAGCGUCCGCAGGGCGAUCGGUCAUACAGGAUCAAAUGGUGUUGCGGUCGAAGGAGAGAGGCAACCAACCCCAGGGGCUGCCUCAGUGGCACGGCCUCACGAUAGCUCCACCACGAGCUGCAUCCCGCAUGCACAUGCAAGGUGCAGUCCAACUCACCAGACCGAUUUCCCCGCGGAUACCAAUCAUGAUCGCGGGCCAUGA